AUGAAUGGGCCGCCUCAGCAACAAGGCUACAAUCAACGAGAACGAAACAAUGGAGCUCGCCGCCAGCUCAGCUCGUCCAAUUCACCAUCGCCAUCUCCUCAACAGCAAAAACCGCGAGAACGUUUCGAUACGCAGAACUCGACAGACGUUGAAAGCGUCACUGGUACUGCACCGAGUACAAUACAUCGAUAUCGUUCAGCGGGAACAGCACCGAGUCCAAGUGCAAGCACUAUGGGAUCUCCGUUCAAGCAGCAGAUGCCACUUCAGAUGAAGCUCGGUGAAGGUCGACACGAUGAAGCGAAAACUGUGUCUCAACCAGCGACACCAAUUUUUCAACCGGUCAUUCCAAUCGCAUUCCAUGAAGAUUACAAAAAAAUUGCGACGCUACCCCAUAGCGAACAAUACCAAGCACUUUUCAAUUUUGUGAAUCACAAGGCUUCUCAGUCCCUUUCAAUGGAAAAAUUGAUAUCAGGUGGUGGUUUGUCAGCGGAUAGUCUCAAUCUGCAGCAUUUCAAUCAGAAUGACCGAUUCUAUGGUGCAUGCAUUGGGUAA